CUUAAUAACGGUAGUUUAGUACACCGGCUUACAUUCGUUAGUCGCGGGUUCUAUUCCUCGCACGGCACAAAUAUUUGUAUUUAUGAAGAAUUUCAUCAUGGCCGCCAGAUUUGUGCCGAUGGCACUGGCUGUUUUACACGUGGUCGCGGGGAAGACAGCGACUACAUUGCAAGAUUUAGAAAUGGCUGAUGAUACGAUGUCAGUUGGUUCAUAUAUCAGAGAAACGAGGGCUGCAGCGCCUCAGGAUUAUCACAGAUCGUAUGAGAACGAAGGCGACGGUGAGAUCGGGUACUCCAGGAAGAAGUCCGGUGGUGGAAAGAAGGGAUAUCAGCAUUUCGACUCCUACCACAAGAAAAACGGUGACAAUUACGAAUUUGAGAAACAAGAUUCGUUCGGAUUGGAUCAAAAGGAACAAGAUGGCGCCUACAGCCAUAGGAACGAACAGAAAGCUAAAAACAGGAAGCCACGCAGACGCCCUGAUGAUGCUGAAGAAAUAGAACAGUAUGACAAUGAUGAAGCUCAACCAGAAGUAGAACAUGAAGAACUGAAGGAAGGUGCACCUGACGGUAAUGGAGGUACAGAGGCCCACGGGCAUGAUGCCAGUGAUUACACACUGCCUGAAAAAUAUUCCUAUGGUUCCGGUGAAGAAUAUAAUUUUUAG